AUGCGGGAAGUGUGGGCACGCCCAAUCGCCGGCUGGUGCCUGCAACGCGAAGAUGGCAAGUUCCAGUGGAAGGAGCGCUAUGCGCAUGUGCGACAAGGUGUGCUGACGCUGCACACCAACAGCCUUGACAAGACGACGAGCGCAGCGGCGUCCGUGCCACGGCUCGUGCUGAACCUGGUGGGCACGCAGUGUGGCGUGUACAACCUUGCCGAAGGCGACAACGAGGCCGUCAUGAGCCGCUGGGAGCGGCACAUGCAGGACGAGGCGUGCUUCGUCAUCAAGGUGCCAAACCAGCGCACCGUCUACCUCUACUUCACAGACACAAAGCAGGUGGACUCGUGGUCACGCGUGCUGCACGCGUGCGCCAAGGCCCGCCUGCCCAGCAGGAAGGUGUCACGUCAGGCGCCGCCGGACACGCCGCGCGGAUUCUCCGCCUCUGUUGCGUCUGCGCGCGACAUUGGCAGCGACGUGCUGUUCAAGACGUACAUCGCGCACUGGAGCCCCGCCACCGGUUACGAGCGCGUCACCAACAUCAUCACCUACGACACGCUGCGGGACCUGCAGGCCGAGCUCACCCUCAUGUUCCCGGGCCUCGCCAUUCCUCCGCUGCCCACAUCCAGGGUGUUCCGCAACAAGGACCACGCCUCCAUCGAGCAGCGCGUGGUUGAGCUCGACGACUAUCUCCGCCGGCUUGUCGCGUCUGGCGCACAGAUCCUCACGUCCGAGCCCAUGCGCAGGGUGUUCCACAUUCGCCAUCUGAUCGACAGUGCGCGCACGGCCCACACGCCGCUCCCGCCCAGCGAGAAGCGGGCCAGUGUGGCGAACGUUACCGUCACGCCGCCAUCGCCACGUAGCAGCAGGCGGCCAUCAACCCCCGCUGGAAAGCGCGCGUCCCCCCGCAGUAAGACCGGCAAGAAGGGAGCAAAGGCCAACAAGUCAAAGUCCGCAACAACAAGCGCUCCAACAUCGGCACGUGCGUCCAUUUCAGCCAGGGCAGGCCGCCGGGAGCCUCUCCGCGCGCCGUCUGUCGUGACGAGGCGUUCGCGCGAUGUUUCUAAAUCGCCCGCCACGGGGCGCCGGACCAAAUCACCAGCAGCAAAGGCCAGCGGCGGUGGUGGUAAGAAGAAGGUGGGCGGAACAGCAUCCACACCCACGAAACCACGCGCGAGGACACCAACCAAGACAAAGGCCAAGCACCACGCGGAGACAUCAGAGGCAGAGACGAGUGCUGGCGCCGAUGUUGGCGGUGGUGAUGUGAUGGCCAUGAUGGCGGAACACGAUGAAGCGUCGUCGUCACCACCAUCAUCAUCGAUUACAACACCGCAGCGCACGCAGCAUACCGCCGCACUCUCGCCCUCUCCGCGCAGUAGCGUGCGUGGCGGGGAGACGGAUGACGAGGAUGUGGCCGCGAUGUACGAGGGGAUUGCGGCGCUCUCGCUGGAGCUCAAGAGCAAGCGGGAAACAGCAGAGGACAAGGAGGAACAGGAACAGGAACAGGGUGAGGAGGAGGCAGUGGACGAGCAGGACGUGGAGAAGGAAGAAGAAGAGGAAGAGGAACAGCAGGGGGGAGAAGAAGAAAAAGAGGAGCAAGCUGAAGCGGCUGCAGAGGGAGAAGAAGAGGAGGAGGAAGAAGCAAAGACGUUGGAGGCUGCGACGAAGGAAGGAGAAGAACAACAACAAGCAGAAGAACAACAACAAGAAGAAGACGAAGAACAAGAACAAGAAGCAACUGCUGUGGCUGAUGGUGAGAUGAUGGAAGCAGCACGCGAGCACGCGGCUGGGGAACACGAGGAAGACACGGCAGCGGAGAUCGAGGAUGAGGAGGAUGCUGAGGUGGGCCAACAACAGGAUCAGCAACAGCAGAAACAGGAGCAGGCGGAGGAGGAAGAGAAAGUCAAGGUUGAAGAGGAAGAGGAAACAGCAGAGGAGGAGGGUGCUGUUGCGAUGGAGGGUGAGGAGGAAGGCCAAGCCGUGUUGGAGGCGGAACAACCGGCCACUUCAGCUGCUGCCGCGGAAGAAGAGGACCAGGCGAAGUCGCAGGCAACAGAAGAAGAAGAAGAUGAAGAAGAAGAAGAAGACGAGAGCGGGAGGGAGGUGAAGGAAGAAGAAGAAGAAACUGCAGCCACUAUUGUCACCACUGACGCCACCGCUGAUGCUGCUGCUGCUGCUGUUACGACUGCUGCCACACGCGACGAUGAGGAACCAGCGAGGCAGGAGGAAGCGAUCGAGGAAGGCAACCAGGAGGAGCAGGAGCAGGAAGAGGAAGGCAACCAGGAGGAACAGGCAGAGGAAGAGGAGGAACAGGAACAGGAGGAACAGGAAGAGGACAUUCUUGGAGAGAUUGACUUUGAUGACGUGGACUUGGAGCUGCCGGAUGAUGGGGAUGAGCAGGCAGUGGCGGAGAAGGAGGAAGAAGAAGACGAGGGAAAAGAACACGAGGAGAAGGAAGAAGAAGAACAAGAGGAGAAGGAACAAGAAGAACAAGAGGAGAAGGAACAAGAAGAACAAGAGGAAGAAGUAGAACACGAGGAGAAGGAGGAAGGUGCUGUGUCAGCUGCGGCAAACGUAGCAGCACAGGAGGAGGCGGAGGAGGUGACUGGCUUUGCUGAUCACGAAGAGGCGACAGCGGCUGUGGCGAAAGAAGAGGAGGAGCAAGAAGAAGAGGUGACAAAGGCGGGACCGGAAUCCACUGCCGCUGCUGACACGUCCGCCACAGCAACAGAAGCACAGGCAGCAACACCAACCGCUGAGCAGCCGGUUCACAAGAGGCGGCACCAGCGCAAGACAAUACAGCAGUGGAGGAAUCAGCAAAAGCUCAAGCAGCAGCAGCCACAACAGCACCCGAGACAGCUGCAGAAACAGAAGCAGCAACAGCAACAGCAACAGCAACUGCGCCAGCAGCGCCGCUAG